CGGUGUCCUGUGCUCUCUCACUGGCUUUUCUGCAUUUUUUGGCCUUUUCUUGUUCUCUUCUCCUGUUUGUUUUUUCCCCUUAUUUUUAGCCCCUUGUUUCCCCAGAGCGCUGCUGCAGUAAUGUUUGAUUUAGCCCGAAGAUUGCUACUGCCCAGCGCCACCUGCGAACCCUCAGAGCCUCAGACCAGGUACGCCGAGCUCUUCAGUAAGCUGGAUGUCAAUAAGGAUGGCAAAGUGGACAUCCUGGAGCUGCAGCAGGGACUCCGGUCUAUGGGCAUGGCUGUGGGCAGAGGCGCAGAGGAGAAAAUCGUGGCAGCCGGAGACACCAACAAGGACGGGCAGCUGGAUUUCGCUGAGUUUAUAAAAUAUUUGGAAGAUCACGAGAAGAAAAUGAAGAUCGCUUUCACAAGUCUUGAUAAGAAUGAGGAUGGGAAGAUUGAAGCAUCAGAGAUAAUGAACUCUCUCAAGAUUUUGGGUAUCAACAUCUCCUCAGACCACGCCACAAAAAUCCUGCAGAGUAUGGACGCAGACGGUACGCUCACAGUGGACUGGAACGAGUGGAGAGAUCACUUUUUGUUCAAUCCGGCAGAUAACAUAGAGGAAAUCAUUCGCUACUGGAAACACUCAACGGUGCUGGAUAUAGGGGACAGUCUCACUAUUCCUGAUGAGUUUACAGAGGAGGAAAAGAAAACAGGACAGUGGUGGAGGCAGCUUUUGUCGGGAGCGAUGGCCGGUGCAGUGUCUCGUACAGGAACAGCUCCCCUGGACCGUCUGAAAGUCAUGAUGCAGGUUCAUGGAACUAAAGGAAACUCUAACAUGCUAGCCGGCCUGAAGCAGAUGGUGAAGGAGGGGGGCAUCCGCUCUCUGUGGAGGGGCAAUGGGGUUAAUGUCAUCAAAAUUGCACCUGAGACGGCCAUGAAAUUCUGGGCUUAUGAGCAGUAUAAGAAGAUGUUUACGUCAGAGAGUGGGAAGUUGGGCACCGCUGAGCGAUUCAUAGCUGGAUCUCUUGCCGGAGCUACUGCCCAGACAUCAAUCUACCCUAUGGAGGUUCUCAAGACUCGUUUGGCAGUAGGGAAGACUGGACAAUAUGAUGGCAUGUUUGAUUGUGCUAAAAAGAUUCUGAAGAAGGAAGGUGUACGGGCAUUUUACAAAGGCUACAUACCCAACAUCCUGGGUAUUAUCCCUUAUGCCGGAAUUGACCUGGCUGUCUACGAGACUCUCAAGAAUAAUUGGCUGCAGAAAUAUGCUACUGAUUCUGCAAACCCCGGUAUACUGGUACUUCUCGCCUGUGGAACUGUGUCCAGCACAUGUGGUCAACUAGCCAGUUACCCACUUGCUCUUAUCAGGACACGAAUGCAAGCUCAAGCUUCAAUAGAGGGUGCCCCACAGCUGAAUAUGGGUGGACUCUUCAGAAACAUUAUUGCUAAAGAGGGAUUACUAGGAUUAUACAGGGGUAUCGCACCCAAUUUCCUAAAGGUGCUGCCGGCUGUCAGUAUUAGCUAUGUUGUGUACGAGAAGAUGAAGGUGCAGCUUGGAAUCUAAGUGCCAGUGACUCCGAACCGUCCGUCCAAUUCAGACACCCAGUCUUGGGAAUCAAUUCUGGAAGAAGCUGUAUUAGCGGCACAAAGAUAACGGUUACAGAAGCCAAAACACUCUGUCAAAAUAGCACCCACAGAGAUCAAAAGAGCUUAUGUGCUGUUGCCAAUGUCUGAAUAUUUAAAACAAACCAAAUACAUUUAUAAGGAACAUUUGAGCGAUUACAAGGAAUCCUUUUCUAUUAGUACUUUUUACUGAAUAAGUAACACUUUGUGAAUAUACCAGUCUUUCCCUUAUAUCACUCUCAGGUUCAACAACUUUUUUAUUUGUAAGUAACGAUAAAUAUGUUUCCUUCUUUUUUUUCUAUAUUUGUAAAACUUUUUUUUUUUUUUUUUACACAAAUCUGUUGACUUUAAAAGAAAUCAAACAAGGGGAAUGUUUACAAUGAAAAACCAAAGUGCUGUUUUAUGUAUGUGUUGUAGUAAGGAGGUGGCUGCAUUUGUGUUUAUGUGAAAAAAUAUAUAGCUACAUUAACCUACCAGGAUCUGUGAACUGUCCCUUCCUGAUCAUAGGUCACCAAAGGUCAGGGUCAUUCAGAAAUCUGCAGCUUCCAACCAAUGUGGGAUCCAUAUAUAUGUUAGACACAUGCACAGACAAGCACACGUCACAACAAAAACUCUUCUUUCAUUUUGCCCAACAUUAGUUAAAUCAUAACAACAUUAUUUGCUUGUUAAUGGACAUUUGUUAACCCCUAAUCUUCUAUAGGAAACCUCUCCAGCUUAAAAACGUAAAGGUACAUUAAAGUGAAGGUCAAUUUUGACGAAUUAGUGUCCGGUUUUUAAUAAUCCUAUUCAAAACAAGGACAUUUUAAUUUAUCAAAAUUGACAUUUUAAGCGUUUUCUUCAAAAACUUACCUUUUAAUCCUAAAAGCUGCUCCAUCGAUUCCCCCGGCCGUCAGAAGCCCCUGCUUACGUCAGAAAUUACGAAUCCGGCUUCCUCCAAUCACAGCGUUCCCCCCGGUGGGAUCAUGGCCUGAGGGAACGCCGUGAUUGGAUGAAGCCGGUUUUGUCAUUUUGGACCCACAAAGACUUCUUGCGACGGGCAGAGGAAUCGCUGCCGCGGCUCUCAGGAUUAAAAGGUAAGUUUUUGAAGAAAACGCUUGAAAUGUCAAUUUUGAUGAAUUAAAGUGCCCUUGUUUUUAAUAGGAUUAUUAAGAAACGGGAACUAAUUUGUCAAAAUUGACCUUCACUUUAAACCCCCAAAAAAUGUUUUGUGAUAAAUAUAUUAUUCGUUUUUAAGCAACUUUCCGAUAUACUUCUGUUAUCAAUUUUGCUUCAUUUUCUUGGUAUCUUUUAUUAAAGAAGAAGCAAUACACUCCUGGGAACUAGCUGAACACAUUUGUAAUCCAAAGAAAAUGGACAUACAAUUUCAGCCACCAAUGAGCAGCUAGCUCCAAGCUCCUGAGCCUAUCUCAAUAUGCUUUUCAACAAAGGAUACCAAGAGAAUUAGGGAAAUUCAAUAAUAGAAGUACACUUAAAAGUUGUUUAAAAUUAUAUGCUCUGUCUGAAUCAAGAAAAAAAAAUUGGGUUCCAUGUCCCUUUUAAAUAAACUUAAAAUAGUAGCUAAUGUUAGUGCUACAAGCCAGCAGCAGUACAAAUAUUUUUUUCAUUGGUCAAGAUUAAUAUCGUUAAUGAAUAGGGUUUAUUUUAACUCUUGAAGUAUUUUCUGCCUUUAGAGUUACAGUUUGAACAAAGAUACUGCACUAUAAUAUGUUCCUAUGUUUAUACACACACACACACACAUAUAUAUAUAUAUAUAUAUAUAUAUAGAGAGAGAGAGAGAGGAUAGAUAUAUCAUAUUACACACACACAGAAAGAGAGAGAAGAUAGAUACUGUAUAUAGAUGGAUAUUACACACACACACAUACAUUAUAUAUAAAGUUAUCUUUCUUGCAGCAACCACUGUUCCCUUACUUGGAUACUCCAGGUCUUCAUGUCACUACUAACCUGAGUGCAGUUUGUGAGAAGCUGUAGUAGGGAUCUAGGUUUACAUGAGAUGAUGUAAUGCAGAGUUCUAUUACUUAACCAGCCAUAAACAAAAGUUGCCGUUGGCAGCUGCCUAAAUUGUAUAAUGUGCAUCAUAUGAAUGGCCAAUCACUCCGGAGUGUGCAUGUUUGUAAUGAUUUGUUUGUGCAGGGGAGAGGGUAAUGCAUGUUUCAUUUGUAUUUUAAUAAAAAUAUCUAUUUUUUUUCUCGACUGAAAA